AUGACAAGUGUUCAACAUUUGGAUCUUCCACAGAGUUCUUCAGCUCCGAGGAAACAGAAAGUGAAAAACCCUAAAAAUAAAUAUGACAUUUUUGACAAAAGUCCUGAGGUUGUCGAGGAUGACGUAAGGCGGAACUGGCUAGACAGAACUCAUGGCUGUUUGCGUCUCAUCUUCCUCUUGUCCCUAUUUAUUUUUAUUUUACUCACGGCUUUGAUUUCGAGAUUCAGUUUUCAUUUACUUUUGAUAAAUCUCAACCCCCCAACCAUUUUUACAGCCUUAAACAAAUUUGGGGGUGACACAACCAAUAUCACGGCUUCGUUUGUACCAGCGGAAGUUCAUAUAUCAUGGGUCUGGGCAUGCUUCCUGGUAUUGUUAGCGCCUUCUUUACAUUCUUUUGCUUAUCAUUUUUUGCAAGUUUGCAAAAGGUCUGAUGUGAUGGAAAUUAAGAUAAAAUGUAAUGACGAAAAUGCCAAAUUAAAAAAUUCGAUUGGUUUUUAUAUUCCAAACGAUGAAAAAGUUGAGGAAUAUUUCAAGGAAAAAAUUGAUAUACGCAUCCAAGCAGCUGUAAUUAUAGGAAUUGGAGCAGUACAAGCUAUUGGAGAAACGUUGGCUGUUUUUCUUCUGCUCCCCACAUUUGAUCAGGCGUCCGCUGGAAUAAUAGCCACUAACAUGACUUUGCUGGUGCCUACUGUAUUAAACGGAUACCUGAAUCCUUACUUUCGUUGUCAUAAAAAACUAAAACAGAAACCUUGGAAAAUAAUUGGUUUUAAAAUUUUAAUGGGUUUUAUUACCAGUUGUUCUUUUGUUUUUCUUAUUGCAUAUGCUUCCUUGCUAACAGAAAAAAAUGAUGUCAAUUCUCCCUUGGGUAUAAUUAUUCUUACAAUUAUAAUUUUCUCUAUUUCGUCAAUUGGAUUUUGGGAGAAUGUAUCGGGAUUCAAUUUUGAAAGACUUCGUGAUAGAAAGAUAAUAAUGAUGGGGUUGUCAGUGAGUAAAGUUGUUACUAAUUUUAUCACUCUUUUGGUUGCUUUUCGUGUCAUGAGUGAACACGACGGCAUCGAAGUUUUGUUUGGAACAAGAACCAAUGCCACAGUAACUUUUUUAGAUAAAAACAUCCGCCUCGUCAGUACCGUUAAUUUCCGAGAACACUGUUAUACAGAGCAUCCGUUUUACGUAGCUAUUGUCAGUCUCUUUGCAUCGUACCUCUGUUUUAAGGCUAGCUACCAGGCAUGCAGAACAUACCUACAAUGGCCAAGCUUUUCCAUUCCUCUUAUAUUAAAUUUGGUUUUGGUACCUAUACUUCUUGGAUUUUACUUGAAACCAUAUGCUUUCGCCACAGUUGGAAAAUGUAGUAUAAUUUCUAACGACUGGGAUUUCAAUGCCAACGGAGAUGUCGCCAGCCAAUCGAUGAUCGUGCUCUGCGGGGUUUCCACCUUCUUUAGUGUUCUUCUGCUGACGACGUACGUUUGGCGAAACGGGAUGAGGAUUAAAAAGCUAGAAAAAAUAUUUGCUAUGCCUUUUUACGCUGGUUAUGCAGUUGACAUAACAUUACUUUGGUCAAGAAGACGAUUGAGGAAAAGUGGACAUGUCCAUCCUGACAUCAAUAAAGCGAAAACAAAGCCUAUUCCAGUUAUUUAUCUCUGUGCAACAAUGUGGCAUGAAACAGAGCUGGAAAUGAAAACACUUUUGAGAUCUAUUUUCAGAUUAAACAGACAUCAAUUUAUGAUGGUAGUGAAGCAACUAUUCCUACUGGAGAAAGGAAUUCGGAAGGAGCCAAAUGAACAAUUUUAUCAGUUUGAAGCCCAUAUAUUUUUUGACGACGCGUUCAAGGAAAAUAGGGAAAAAGUAAAACCAAAGGACCGAAUAAAUAGCAAAGAAAAAUCGAAGCUUUGCCCUGGAGGAGAGACUAACGAAUAUGUUACACAGUUUAUAAAAUGUAUCGAGGAUACUGCAAGGUCUUUUUAUCGAAUUGAGGAGUUUCCUACCUCUAGGAAAUAUAAGACACCGUAUGGAGGGAGGCUAGAAUGGGAUUUACUUGUUCCGAAUUUUGAUGAUCUUAAGUCAAGCGUGCGUGAAUCCUUAAGGAAUAAAUCAAGUGCUGGAGGUAGUUCUUCUGAAAGCAAAAACAAUGAAUCCAGUCCCAGAGGCAAUUCUUCUGAAAACAAAAACGAUAAAUCCAGUUCUGAAUGUAGUUCUGAAAACAAAAGCAAUGAGUCUAGUUCUAGAGCAGGUAGUUCUGAUAAAAACUCUUCUGAAACAUCAUCAGAAAAUCUAGCAAAUAUUUGGACAGUCCCAUGUAAACUUGUCCUCCAUCUUAAAGACAAAGCUCUUAUUCGCAAUAAGAAGAGGUGGAGUCAGGUGAUGUACAUGUAUUUUCUUCUGAGCUACAAUUCGAUAUCUAAAAAACUUGGCAGAAAGGGGGCAUUGCCCGAAAGUUCAGAAAAAUCAACAAGCUCAACUAAGGCUAGUGGAUCUGAAAAAAUGAGAGAAGAGGAAAAUGACACUUUAGAGGAGAAACGUAAGAGGUUUGCGAACGUUAUAGCCCCAAACACGUUUAUCCUCGCUCUAGAUGGCGACGUUGAUUUCAAACCAAGUGCUGUCCUAAGAUUGCUGGAACGAAUGCAGAAAAACAAUGAUGUAGGAGCAGCUUGUGGACGAAUAAUACCAAUGGGUGGAGGUCCUGUUGUGUGGUAUCAAAAAUUUGAGUAUGCAGCGAGUCAUUGGUUACAAAAAUCAACUGAGCACGUUUUCGGAUGUGUCCUGUGUUCACCUGGCUGUUUCAGUCUCUUUCGAGCUUCUGCUCUGAUGAGCACUGAUAUCAUAAAGAUCUACACAAGCAUCCCAUCAACUGCUGUUGAGUACGUCCAGUUUGACCAGGGGGAAGACAGGUGGUUGAGUACUCUACUAUUAAAACAAGGCUACAAACUGGAAUACACAGCAGCUUCUGAUGCCAAUACAUUUGUACCUGAAGGGUUUUUCGAGUUUUUCAAUCAAAGAAGAAGAUGGUCCCCUUCAACAUUAGCUAACAUUUUUGACAUUAUCUCUAGUAUUUCAUCUGUUACAACCGAAAAUGGCUAUGUCAGUAAGUUGUACCUGGUGUACCACAUGUUUCUUUUCGCUUCAUCCAUUAUUACCCCGGGAACAAUUUUCCUUAUGAUCCUUGGAGCUACUGUUUUGGCAUUUCCAGUCAUUCCACUCUGGGUAGCCUUCAUCAUUAACAUCACACUUAUUGGUAUCUUUAUGUUAUCGUGUGUAUUUGCAGAGGAGAAAACACAGCUCACCAUAGCGUCUGUGAUUUCUGCAAUUUACGCUCUGAUGAUGGUGGUUGUGCUGUUCGGCCUCAUCAUUGAUGCAAUUAACAGUGAAUUUUGUUCAGUUACAAGCUACUUUUUCUGCUACGUAGCGGGAGCAUUUCUUUUGGCGGCAAUUAUGCAUCCAAUGGAGUUUCACAACAUUUUUUAUGGUAUCGUAUACUUUCUGGCGGUUCCCACCACGUCAAUGUUACUAUUGAUUUAUGCUCUGGGUAAUCUGCACGUGACGUCAUGGGGUACAAGAGAGUCCAACAAACCGGGUAAGAGAAGUAAACAAAAACCAGAAGACCCAGAGGAAACCACAUGUUCCUGCUUUGGAUUAUGUAGGUAUGUCUACAUAGAAAUACAUAGAUUCUGGAACGAAAUCAUAGAUAAAUACCUUAGUCCCAAUAUUCAAGAGGACACUAAGAAACAGGAGAAUCUAUUGAAUCUACGAAAUUCUGUCUAUGCUGGAUUUAUUAUGAUAAAUAUAAUCUACAUAACUAUUGUCUUUGUAAUAACGCAAGCAAAUGAGCUCAAUAAUGACGUGUUUACCGUACGUCUACCUUGUCCAAAUAGGACUGGCUCCUUCGAUGUAGAUCCCAUUUCUAUUGUUUUCUGCAUAUCAUUUGGACUAGUUCUGUUUUUCCAGCUGAUCGGAAUGAUAAUUCAUAGAUUCUCCACCUUUACCCAUAUUGUUGCCGUUUCCAAAAUAACAGGGAAAUCGUUUAUAGACCGCGAAAAAAAGGAAAGGAAGAAAAGAUGGGAUUUGGCGAUUAGUCGAAUGUUAAAUGAAACUAAUGGAGACAUCAUGGUGAAAAGCAUGACUGAACGAAGAAAAGCCGAAUUGAACACAUCUGUCAGAAUUAUAAAAGGGACUACAGAUGAUAAAAAAGGGAUUAAUUUCCUAGGAUUGUUGAACAGUAGUAAAAUGGACGCAAGUAACGCUUCACAUGAAAGUACAGAGGUUGGAACAAAGGUUGUGGAAAACGAUAAUUUACUUGAGUCCAAUUCAUCUUCGAGUUCGGGAUACAGUGGUUGUUCAAGAGUUCCAAGUCUCGAGGACUUACAACAAGACGAUUUUGUGAGCGUUAAAACAUUUGAAAAGGAGGGGAUUGAUGAACCAAAUAUACUCCGAAGCAUAGUGCAAGCCGAAGGCAAGAAAUCUUUAUUUUACCUCUCAUGA